AUGUUGUUUGCAGUUUCACUUGAUGGGAAUAAUGGUAUGUAUCCUCUUGCAAUAUUCAUUUGUGAUUGUGAAAACAAAGAGAACUGGUUAUUGUUUCUCAACCUUAUUAAGGAUAGGCUAUUAGAGCAUCCAACACCAUUGACAUUCAUCUCAGACAGACAAAAGGGAUUGAUUCCUGCUCUUGAAAUAGUAUUUCCUUCAAAUAGCACCAGAUUUUGUUUCAGACACAUGUAUGAGAAUGUUAAGACUAAACACAAGGGUAUUCACAUGAAGACUUUAGCAUGGGGUGCAUCAAAGUCCUACAGAGACAAAUACCACAAAAGGUGCAUGACUCUUAUGGAAAAACAUAACAAGAAUGCACACCAGUGGUUUGAAGAUGUUCCAACAAUCCAAUGGGAUAUAUCCACUUUUGACCAUACUUCAAAAUGUGAGCAUGUAACUAAUAACUUUUCAGAAUAUUUUAACAGUUGCGCAUUGGAGGUGAGAUGCAAACCUAUUCACAGGAUUCUUGAAGGGUUGAACUUGAAGAUGAUGAUUUUGAUGUUUGAUAGAAAGAUGAUAGCCAAGAAAUGGGAAGAAGAAGGUUUGAUAUUGGUCCCCAGAGUUGACAGGAUUAUGAAGAAUACAAUUACAUUGAAAAGGAGAUACCGGUUGUUUGGAUCAUCUGAAUAUGUGUGGUGUGCGAUGAACUACCUAACAUCCAAAAGAUGGGAAGUUAAUCUAUCAUAG